AUGAGAUAUAAGAAAUUUCUAAUUUCGUUUAUGUCCAUCAAUCAUCAGAAAAAUAUUCAGAAGAAGAGAUCUCGCAGGCACUCUGCUGGGUCAUCGUCGGACACCGAAUCGGAACGAGAGGUGGUCGCGGUGGAGAAGAAAAAAACUGGUGCUCUAAAUGAAAAAUUCACAGAAAUCAUGGAAAAGGUAAAGAAGGAUACGAAUAGUGCAUUGCGAGUGGAACACGAUACGAAAACAAAUAAAUUUCUGAUAACCAAGCCGAAUUUGCCAACCGAUCCAUGUAGUCUGGUCGAAGAGAUUACCAAGACAAUACAGAAUAAAGUAUUGCCCACAAUGGAAGUUGCUUCAUCCGGUUCGGAGAGUGAAGUUCCUGUGGAAGACGCCAGUCCAGUUGUAACCAUUAUUGAGGAUGACCUCAAUUUGGAGGAUCUCAUGAAACAAAAGGCAUUACUACAAGCCCGUUUGGGAGCUUAUAUGUCCGACACAGAAGGUGAUGACAGCCGUCCAAAUUCUGUACCCAAAAAACCCGUUGUACACCUUGAGAGCCAGAAGAAAAAUGAAACUUCACACGUAGUUCCUGCAGAUCUUCCUGCAACUAGUAAAAACAUAGACAAACUUUCUAAUAAUAACAAAACGAAUGAUGAAAAUGAUGUUAUAUUAUUGGAUGAUUCUAGUGAAAGCCCAGACGGUAGGGGAGGAGGAGCAGGAGUGGAUCGUCGUGUUAGCAAGAAAAGUCACUCGAAGGAACGUGAACGCAGUGGCAAGUCCAAACGAGAUAUUGUUGCGUCUUCUUCGUCUUCGUCACAGACAAGGGAACAUAAAAGUUCUCGGGAACAUCGAGACUCGACGAGAAGCAAACAACAGCAGUCACAUAGUCAUAGUCGAAUUCGUAGCCGUAGUCGUUCACCAGGCCGAAGGGAUAAAAGUGAUAGAUAUUCCAGAGAGGAAAGAAGACGACCGGCGGAUGUGGAAGAAGAUCGCAGCAGGAUUCGACACCGUGAACAUUACGAUCAAAAUCGCCAAAUGGAAGAUUUAAGGCAGGAAAUCAAUCGCGACAAGCAACGUGAAAAUGAUACUGGUCGUGAUAGGGAGAAUAGGGGUCGUGAUGAUCGAAUGCGUCAACAUGAUCGCGGCAAUCAUCGUGGUCGUGAAAGGGAACGUGACCGAGAUCGUGAUAGAUGGAUGCGUGAGCGUUCACAUAGUCGCAGCAAAGCUGAAUCUGAUCGCAAACGAGAACGGGAUAGAGAUCGUCAACGUUCCAACAGAGAUCGUAGUGAACGCAGCGAUAAGGAUCGAUAUAGGGGAUCGUUGAGCGAGGGACAAAAGGCGCUACAAAUUGAUUCAAGCAGUGAUGAAGAUGUCAAUUUGGACAUUAAUAUCGACGAAGAUGAUGAUGAAGAGAAAAUCAUUGAAAUGAGACGUAAACAGAGAGAGGAAUUAUUGAAGAAAUUGGGUGGCAAAGAGGAACAACCAAAACCAGAAAACAACAUUAGCAACAAUCAUAAUAAAACGGAAGUAGAACCAAAGGAUGCUGUGGAAAAACGAGACGCAUCACCACCAUCUCCAUUUGAACGUAAACGUUUACGUUCACGUACGCGCUCUCGAUCACCUGUUACCUCAGAAUCAUCACGUCAACCUACCGAUAAUGCCGACGUCAAUUCCGAUACUGGAAAUGCUCCACAGGAUAAUAACAAUAAGGGUUCUAACAACACAACGACGACGGCGGCGACAAAGGAAAAACGUCCAGAAUGGGAUAUGUUUGCCGAUCAGGAUGUUGAUUCAAAUUUCGAUUCUCCCAACACAAUUGUUCAAAAUAAAAAUAUGGUUGAAAAUCCCGCAUUGACCGACAAUUGGGAUGAUGCCGAAGGUUAUUAUCGUGUACGUAUUGGUGAAGUUUUAGAUAAUCGUUAUGUGGUUAGCGGUUACACGGGCCAGGGUGUUUUCAGUAAUGUCAUUCGAGCCAGAGAUCAGGCUAGAGGCAAUGCCAAUGUUGCCGUAAAGAUUAUAAGGAACAAUGAAAUUAUGCACAAGACAGGUUUACGUGAACUGGAAAUUCUUAAGAAACUUAAUGAUGCCGAUCCCGAUGAUAGAUUCCAUUGUUUGCGGCUGUUUCGCCACUUCUUUCACAAACAGCAUCUUUGCAUGGUUUUUGAACCGCUGGCUAUGAAUUUACGUGAAGUCCUCAAAAAAUAUGGCAAAAACGUUGGCCUACACAUUAAGGCUGUACGCAGCUAUACACAACAAUUAUUUUUGGCUUUGAAAUUGUUAAAGAAAACCGGUAUACUACAUGCCGAUAUUAAACCCGACAAUAUUCUGGUAAAUGAAAAUAAUUUAAUUUUGAAAUUGUGUGAUUUUGGUUCGGCCUCCACAAUAAACGACAAUGAAAUAACUCCCUAUUUAAUUUCACGAUUUUAUCGUGCACCCGAAAUUAUACUAGGCAUACCGUAUGAUUAUGGUAUUGAUAUGUGGUCAGCUGGAUGUACCAUAUAUGAAUUGUAUACGGGAAAGAUAUUAUUCAGUGGCAAGAGUAAUAAUCAAAUGUUGAAAUUUUUUAUGGAUUUAAAAGGCAAAAUUCCUAAUCGUAUUAUACGUAAGGGCCAAUUUAAGGAUCAACACUUUGAUCAGAGCUGUAAUUUCCUGUAUCAUGAAAUCGAUAAAGUUACAGAAAGGGAAAAAAUUGUUGUUAUGCCAGUUAUCAAGGCGACACGUAACCUGCAACAAGAAUUGAUUGCCGAUCAAAAUUUGCCCGAUGAUCAACAUCGUAAGGUUACACAACUAAGGGAUUUAUUGGAUAAUAUAUUUGCUUUGGAUCCCUCGAAACGCAUUUCAUUAAAUCAGGCCCUUGUACAUCCAUUCAUACAAGAAAAGAUGUAA